UCAUUCACAACAGACUCACUUAAGCCACAUCAGUCUCAUCUCUCUCUCUCUCUCUCUGUCUCAUACUCAACUUAACUCUAAUGGCUCGGACAACUGUACUUGAGACUUCCUGUCUAUACUUCUUCUGCUUACUGUUGUUGUUGGCUGAUCUCGCCUGUUGCAAAGAGAUUCUGGUCGGAGGCAAAUCCAGCGCCUGGAAAAUCCCUUCUUCACCUUCUGAAUCCCUCAACAAAUGGGCUGAGAGUUUGCGGUUUCACGUCGGCGAUUCUCUCGUGUGGAAGUACGAUGGAGAAAAGGACUCGGUUCUGCAAGUGACUAAAGAAGCUUACAUUAACUGCAACACCACGAAUCCAGCAGCUAAUUACAGCAAUGGAGACACCAAGGUGAAGCUAGAUAGAUCUGGUUCUUUCUUCUUCAUCAGCGGCACCAAAAGCAACUGUGUGGAAGGUGAGAAGCUUCACGUUGUUGUCAUGUCUUCUCGUGGUGGCCACACUGGUGGUUUCUUCACCGGUUCUGCUCCUUCUCCAGCACCUUCUCAUGCUCUUUUGGGAGCGCCAGCUGUUCUGCCUGCAACCGGUUCAGCUUCUUCUUUGACCAGAAGAAUUGGAGUUUUUGGAUUUGUUGGAUUAGCAAUUGUUCUGCUCUACCAAUAAUAGACUGUUUAGAUUCCAUCUCUGGUUUAUAUUCUUUCGGUUAAAAUUCUUUUGGCUUUUUGACAAUGGUGUAUUUCCGAAUAUAUAUUAGACGAACUUCUAAGA